UCAGUGUGGAAAGAAAACCACAUGAUAUAAUAAAGGCCGACAAAGCAAGACCAAGGCGGAAGAGAGAGACUGUUUUGAUUAAGCUCAGCAGCCAUGAAAACCAACUGUGUUUGUGCUCUUAUAAUCCUUGUCAACUUGAAAACGAGCAAAUCAAAAAGUGAUGUAUCUAUCAGUCACAGUGGAGAUGAAGAUCACCAGAAUAUUACCUGUGUCCUCACUGGGGAAGAGAAUAUCACACAGAUCAACUGGGAGAUGCAAAGAGGACUAAAUCGUACCAAACUGGGCAUGUUCCAUCCGAUUUUUGGAAUUCACAUAUCAUAUAAAAAUAAGGCAGAAGUAAAAAUCCAGGCUCAAACAACUCCACAUCCAUUAUCAUCCAUACUCAUUAAACUAGCAUCAAAUGAGAGCGUGGAAAUCUGUUGUGCGUUCAUUACCUUUCCUUCCGGUAAACUGGAGCAGUGCAUCGAUUUCAGUAAGAAAGAUGUAAAUAUUAACACGUCAAUAAUAAAAGAUUUUACUUAUGUACAACCAGAACCGGGACUGGGAUUAUUUGGACGUUUGGGUGUAAUGAUCAUUGGAUCUAUUCUUUCCCUUUUAAUCUUGACAGUCUUAUUCUAUUUAUGCCGAAAGAACAACUGUAAGAGGAGGCAGUCCUUUGAAAUAUGCAUGUACCUGACAGACUCUCCAGCUGAGACAUAUGCAGAGGAAUCCAAUGUUGCACCAACUCCUCAAAGUACUGCAAGUGGCUUUGAUGCCUCCAAACUUUAUGCCAAGAUUAAAGAAGACCUUUUCUAUGGCCGUUUGUGGAAGUCUUACCAAGGCCAACCUAAUAAGUCAUGGACUCAAAGUGCCAUGACUGAUAACGGACAAGUUUAUCAUCUGCUAGGACAGAGUCCUUUACAACAGAGAAAUGAGGAGGGCAGCCCCUUGAGGCCAGAGACAACUACAUGAUUAUGCCAUAUUUUGUAUAGUAAAAUGGCUAAAAGCAGA